CUCCUGUGCUACCAUUAACAAUAUCAGGGUUUUUUCUGGAUCAAAAAGUGGCUUAGGUGGUCGGCGUGGCAAUGGGUGCGCCGGCCCCCAUCCUGGAGGUGUAGAUGCAUUUUUAAGCCAUUUUCCUGCAAUUAUACACAUUUUGCCAUGGAGCUGAGAGAAAAUGUUGCAGUUUGAAGCUAAUAUCUAGCAAUUCUAUGCAUUUUGCCAUGACUGAUGCAGUGUUAUUUUGUUCAAACAUAAUAGCAAAAUCAAUACUGCUAAAUUCGUUGUUUUGUGAAUUUUUUAUUCUCACUGAUUAUCUAUCUUUUAUUUAGGCGACUGUUAGUUCUCUCUUAUUUAAAAAUAUAAUGUUAUGGGUCCAUUAUAAUUUCUACAUACUUUGUCUGGUUUUAGUCGUUUAAGUUUACACUAAAAGCGUAUUUCCAUCCUGAAAAUAUUAUUUAUACACUGUUUGGACUUGUUUGUGUAACUGUGUGUGUUCCAGGGAGAUGGUUGUGUCGUAUGAGAACCAGUGUUUUGCUGCUGUGUGUGUGUUCCAGCAGGGUGAUGGUUGUGUCAUAUGAGAACCAGUGUUUUGCUGCUGUGUGUGUGUUCCAGCAGGGUGAUGGUGGUGCCAUAUGAAGGCCAGGGCUACUCCUCCCUGCGUAGGGAGUGCCAGCAGCGUCGGGUCCUGUUUGAAGACUCUUUGUUUCCAGCUACGGACCAGUCUCUGUUCUACAAGACCAACAGCAUAGGAACCAUCACCUGGAAGAGACCUAAGGAGCUGUGUGAUAACCCCAAGUUGUUUGUGAAUGGUAUCAGUGCUCAUGACCUCCUCCAGGGCCAGCUGGGGAACUGUUGGUUCGUAGCUGCCUGCUCCUCCCUGGCAUCCAGAGAAACUCUGUGGCAAAAGGUGAUUCCGGACCAUAAGGACCAGGAAUGGGAUGAGAACAAGCCGGAAUCUUACGCCGGAAUUUUCCACUUCCGCUUCUGGCGCUUUGGAGAAUGGGUGGAUGUUGUCAUCGACGACCGGUUGCCCACGUCGAAUGGCAACUUUGUGUAUUGUCACUCCAAUGACAGCAACGAGUUCUGGAGCGCCCUGGUGGAGAAGGCCUACGCCAAGAUGUAUGGGUGUUACGAGGCAUUGGACGGGGGCAACACAGCGGAUGCGUUGGUGGAUUUCACGGGUGGCGUCUCGGAGCCCUUGGACCUGCUGGAGCAAGGGUUGGGCACGGACGAGGAGAAACGCUCAGCGCUGUUCGACAGAGUCCUCAAGGUCCACAACAGAGGAGGCCUCAUCAGCGCCUCCAUAAGGGCGGCCAGUUCAGCGGAGAUGGAGGCUCGUCUGGCCUGUGGUCUGGUGAAGGGUCACGCCUACGCUGUGACAGACGUUAGAAAGGUCCGGCUGGGCCACGGCCUCAUGGCUUACUUCAAGUCUGACAAACUCACAAUGAUACGACUCCGAAACCCCUGGGGAGAGAAAGAGUGGAACGGAGCCUGGAGCGACAGCUCAGAGGAGUGGGGGAAGGUGAGUAAGAGUGAAAGAGAGAAGAUCGGAGUGACGGUGCAGGACGAUGGAGAAUUUUGGAUGACAUUUGAUGACUUCUGUCAGUACUUCAGUGAUUUGAUCAUGUGUCGUCUGAUCAACACUUCCUACCUGUCUCUCCACAAGACCUGGGAGGAGAGCUCUCUAAAGGGCGCCUGGCAGAACCAUGACAACCCGCUCCGCAACCGCGCCGGGGGCUGCACCAACAACAAACACACCUUCCUACAGAACCCACAGUAUGUGUUCAAUGUGAAGAAGCCAGAGGAUGAGGUGCUGGUAUGUCUACAGCAGAUAGACAGGAGAGCCAGACCUAAAGAGGGAAAGGGAGAGAACCUGGCUAUAGGCUUCGAGAUACACCGGGUUGAGUUGAACAGGCAGUACCGUAUGCACACUCGGCAGCAGAAGGUGUGUGGGAGUGUGUACAUCAACUCCAGGUGUGUGUUCCUACGCUGUGCCCUGAAGGAGGGUCGUUAUGUUAUCAUACCCACGACCUUUGACCCCACUCUAGAAGGAGACCUCCUGUUACGCAUCUUCACCGACAUCCCCGCUGACUGCAGAGAGUUAACCCUAGAUGAGCCAGCCCAGACGUGUUGGUCAGGACUGUGUGGUUUCCCUUCCCUGGUCACUCAGAUUCAUGUCCACAGAGCAGAUGGACUGGCUGGACAAGACUCUGAUGGAGCUUCAGACCCAUAUGUGAUCAUUCGUUGUGAGGGGGAGAAGGUUCGUUCUCCGGUCUAUAAAGACACUCGCAGCCCAACCUUCGACACGAAGGCUCUAUUCUACAGGAAGAAAACUAACCAGCCUAUACUGAUAGAGGUGUAUAACCACAACGUGUUGAUGGAUUCCUUCCUGGGUCAGGUCAGUUUGACCUCUGACCCCGGCGACCCCCAGCAGGUUACCGUCCACCUGAGGGACAAGGGUAAUCACCAAGACAACGACCUCCCGGGCACGCUCACCAUCUCCAUGGUGACCAGCAACAUUCUCACUAACAUCUGACUAACCGUCAAUCAACCAAUCUAUCAAUCAGUGCCUUACUCUCUCCGUCCCAUAGGAGAGAAGAGCCAAACAGGUGCCAGUAACAGAGUAUAUGAUUGGCCAAGAGGUCCCUACUGUUUCUCUAUGUGCUGGAACUGGCAGUAUACAUGAUUACACUGUUCAAUAUACACAUUUUACAUUUUAGUCAUUUAGCAGACGCUCUUAUCUAGAGCGACUUACAGUUAGUGAGUGCAUACAUUU